GCGGCGGCGGGGCCGGGCCAGCACCGCGCUUCCGGCAACACUCCGCGCGCCGCCCAUAAAUAACGCGGAGCGGCGCGGCGCCCGCAGCCCUGCCGCCGAGGCGCGCAUCGCACCGAUCCGCUCUGCCGUUUUAGCACCGCUCCCAGCCCGCCGCCGCCAUGCCGUUCCUCGGGCAGGACUGGCGCUCCCCUGGGCAGAGCUGGGUGAAGACGGCCGAUGGUUGGACGCGCUUCCUCGAUGAGAAGAGCGGCGGUUUCGUCGGCGACCUCAGCAGCUUUUGUAAGAAGGAAGAUCACAACAAAGAGAAUCUCUUCAACAGCCUCAACUAUGAUGUUGCUGCCAAGAAGAGGAAAAAAGACCUACUGAAUAACAAAGCCAAGAUUCAGUAUUUUCAUCAAGAAAAGUGGAUCUAUGUUCACAAGGGGAGCACAAAAGAGCGCCAUGGUUACUGUACCUUGGGAGAAGCCUUCAACAGACUUGACUUCUCCAGUGCUAUCCUGGACUCCCGGCGAUUCAACUAUGUUGUAAGGCUGUUGGAGCUGAUAGCAAAGUCUCAGCUGACGUCACUGAGUGGCAUUGCCCAGAAAAACUACAUGAACAUUUUGGAAAAAGUGGUGCAGAAAGUCCUUGAAGACCAGCAGAACAUCAGGCUAAUACGGGAAUUGCUGCAGACCCUCUACACAUCCCUCUGCACUUUGGUUCAACGGGUUGGCAAGUCUGUCCUUGUAGGAAACAUCAACAUGUGGGUGCACAGGAUGGAGACUAUUCUCCACUGGCAGCAGCAACUGAACAACAUUCAAAUCACCAGGCCUGCCUUUAAAGGAACUACCUUCACAGACCUGCCAUUGUGUUUACAAUUGAACAUCAUGCAGCGACUGAGUGAUGGGAGGGACCUGGUUAGCCUUGGUCAAGUGGCUCCUGACCUGCAAGUGCUCAGUGAAGACCGGCUGCUGUGGAAGAAACUCUGCCAGUACCACUUCACAGACAGACAGAUUCGCAAACGGCUAAUCCUAUCUGACAAGGGACAGCUGGAUUGGAAAAAGAUGUACUUCAAGCUCAUAAGGUGUUACCCACGAAAGGAGCAGUACGGUGACACACUGCAGCUGUGCAGGCACUGCCACAUCCUCUCUUGGAAGGGUACUGAUCACCCUUGCACAGCCAACAACCCAGAGACCUGCUCCACCUCUCUUUCACCUCAAGACUUCAUCAACCUGUUCAGAUUCUGAACUUGAGUCACCACAGCUUAACUGAUUCUUACAGGACACUUUAUGCCACUGAGCUUGGACACUCCGUUUGUAAAUAGUGUAAAUAUUCAUGUUUGUGUGAAGCUCCUGAGUCAAGGAACAAGAGGUUAUUGGAGAUGAAAGGUGAAAUUGCUCACUGACGCUCAGCACUUAAGGAAUACAGACUUCCAUAGGACUGAUGUAUAAAAUGCAGAUGUUGUACAGAGUCCCUUUUUUUAUGAUCAGAGUACAAGAUACAGGGCAAAACCUUCAUUUGUGUUUUUAAAAGUUAAAAAUGAAUUUGCCCCACAACCAUUGAGAACUCUCUUGAUUCAUUUCUAAUAAUUGAGAGAAAGCAAUAUGAGGCUAGGACUGUUGGACUGCUUCUCCAUCUGGUUUUAUUUAGCAUGCAUAUUUAUAAAUAUGACGUUUUAAAAGUAUUUAUGAAAAAUAUCCCUGUGACAAGUUUAGUAAUACUUUUUUUUAAAAAAGGAGACAUUCUGAAAGACUUAGCAUAGAACUCUAGCCUACUUACAAAAGAAUCGCACCAUACCACUUUCUACCUCUAACAAAUUGAGUACCUUUCAAACAAAAAUCCAGUGUAAAAUGUGAACUUUUGUAUUUUGUACAAUGAUUUAAAGGGAAAUGUUUGUGACAGUAAGCAUCUUUUCUCACAUUAAUGCUUACCUCUUUAUGUUAGUUUUCUUGCUCUACUCAGUGCUUGAAUGCCUAGAUGAUAGGCACUAUAUAAAUACCUAAGACUUUACUCCGUCCUCUUUUAAUUUGUUGGCUUUAUGAAAGAUCAAGUAAAAGGGAAGAGAAGCCAUAAGGAUGAAGAUUAUCCAAAAGGGAGGAAGUUCCAUUAUAAACAAAGGAUUGAGUUUAAUCUUGCAAGGUAAAUUCAUAUCAACUCCACUGGGUUAAAUUGCACUGGAUGAAAUCCCAGAUGUGGUUAGAAUCUGGUUCAAGUCCGUGUCCUCCUAGUUUUCCAACAUAUAUGCUGCUCUAUAUUCUGCUGUCAAGUGAAUUAAAUCAUCUUAGAGCUGGUUGUUUGUAGGGAGAACAGGGCCAGAACGAUGAGGCUUCUUAUUCAAUGAAAGACUUGGCAGCAUCCUGCUUCGUUUCAUACUAUUGGAGUUCAGGGUGAUGAGAAAGCAGAAAUUGGUCAGCAUUUUGCUAAAAACUGUAGUCAAGGCUGAGGUAAGCAAGGGAUUUCCAGCAUGACAUUUGACAUCUUCGGUUACUUCUAUGUGCUGAGGAAAAUGGAGAAGACCUAGUCUAGUCCCUUCAUCUUCCAGUGCUGACCUGUUUAUGGGAUCUUUUAACACUAGUCUAGAGCUAAAUUCUCAGUCCUACUGAGUAAAUUGAUAAGCUCCAAACAUGAUCUCCACCUUUCACUCUGGUGGAGCUAAAGAUUCCAGCUUGUAUGUAACAACUUGAAAACCUGCAUUGGAAAGUUUUGCCAUUUGCCAGAAGAUUUCCUGUAUAGCACUUUCUCUGUUGUGUGAUGUAAGCGGGAUACCUCAGAAGGGUGAAUAUUAGUGGGUUCUGCGUGUCUGUGUACAAAGAAUUGUGAGGAAGAGGAGUACUCAGGACAAUUCAGGAAGAACUACUUGAGUUAAUUAUUAAAUAUUCUGUUCCUUUUUUUACAUUUUUAUAACUGACUUUCAACAGUUUUCUGCAGCUGUUUAUAUUUUAAAAAAUUGUCAAUAUUUGCAUUUUUGCAAACUAAAUCACUUUGCAUACCCUGAAAGAGACUCAAAAAGAGAAGAAAAGGUGCCUGUAGGUGGAGCAGUAGGGAAGAGGGGAGGAAACCUGGGAAGGAGGAAGCCAGGAAAAUGCUGCCACGGAAUUGCUGUUCUCCUGCCUUCCCGCAGCAAACCCAAGUUUUUGCUCUUGUAGAGAGCUCUGUGAGCCAGUGCUGCUCAUAGCUGUGGCAUAGAGCUUGGCAUCAUCAGAGAUGAGGAGAAAAUAUGGGAUAGGGAACUAUAUUUGUUUUGAAGCUCUCUCCAUCAGUUGCUGGUGAAAAUAAGCCUGGUGAUCAUGUUCAUGUCAACUGAAAGUGAUUUAAAAGCUGUUACCUUGGGAAAAUGAACUUGUGUUUGUUUUGGGGGGAUGCUCAUGAGUGAGGGAGGCCGGUUUUUGUUUUCAUUCCCAUACUGUGUCAGUGGGUUGAUGAGGAUGAAAUCUGCCUUGGUGAAGGAGGACAUUAAGGACAGGAACUUGCAAGUGAAUGACGUAUUGCCACUGUCUUUGGAGACACUUGCUGUUACUUUUCUAAGAGGACAUGUAUGACCCUUCCACCUGCUCUGAAGGGGGUGGUUUGGUUUGAUUUGGGGACCCUCCCCUGCCUCUGUCCCUCUUGUGACAGAGUUGGCAUGAGAUGCUGGGGGUUUCUGUACACCCUGAGGCCAUACUCAUCAAAUGAUGCUUACCCACUGAGAUUGUCACACUGGGUGGGUUUUAAGCUCAGGUUUAAAUCCAGCCUGCCCAACAAGAUGGAAAAUCCCAGCCUUUAGCUGUGGUGCAGGAAUGUUUUUGCUCUCACUGUUGUCUCUAUCAGCCUUUCACUGGUCUUGAGUGAAAAGUUUAUGCUGUAUCCUUUGCCCAGUGAACAACUUAUCAUGCAAUUGAGGCUCUUAUUUGUGAAAUUUAAUUUCAAUUAGUGUUUUUUCUUAGCACUGUGUAGAUCUUAAAGUGAUGAAGAUCAGUUCUGCUGCAAUUUGUACAUUGCUCAUCCCAAGUCCUGGGGUAUUGCUGUUGGUGUUCCAAGCAGCAGAAUAUCAAUCAACCGCUGUGCUGCAGAAGAAAUCUGAUUGAACAAUAAGAAGCAGAAUGUGCCUCGUUCAGUUAUGGCCUCAGUCACCAGCAGCUGUCAAAUCAGAACGUGAUCUCCUUGGGAGACUCAUUGUUUAUCGUGUGGCUGGUACGGGGAAGUAUUGUGGGGAAUUCAAUACCUUAGUCUAACUGCUUAAACAAAAUGAUCAGUAUUUUGGCAGUGCAAAGGCAUCUGUUUGACUUAGGAUGGCAGAGCAGGAAGACCAGCUGUGAUAGCUCGGGUCUCCAGGCAGGAUGGUGUAAGGCUGCUCUCACACAAAAAGGACCUCUUUAUUCUAAGACAGUUCUGGCAAAGCUAUUGUGAAUAGGAAACAGGCUUUUACUUGUAUUUUGGAAAUCAAAUGUUCUUUUCAAACAGUGUCUCAGCUUCAAGUUGGUUGAUGCAUUCCCAUUAGAAAUGCAUUGGUUCUUAUACUGUGAAAGGAGGUUUUUUCCUCUCUCUUUGGAGUUUUUCUGCUCCCAGCGUAUGCAGACAAAAAUGCUUUAUCUUCAGAGGUUGUUAAGCAGUGUAAUGGUGUAGAGCCAUGGCACCAUGGAGAGGAAAAACAGAUCUAUGCAGGGGAGAGCUUUGUGUUCUGGCUUCCUAGAAGGGGCAGGCAUUCAGAUUUUCUUUUCAAGAGGCACCAUUUCAGCUGUACAUACCUUAAGCCAUUUAUAUUAACUAUGGCAUGGUCAAGUUUGAUCCUAAAAUGUGUGCAACUCCUCAUAUUGUUUGGGUUUCUUUUUUUUAAUUGUGAAAGUUUCUAGAUUCUUUUGCUUUGUGAAGUGAUUAGGAAAACUUGUAUUGCUCUAAAGACACUGCUUUGUAUGUAAACAUUUAAUUGCACCCUGCCACUUUCUGUAUAUGGAAGCAUCUUUUUCUAUCCUUUUUCUUUGCCCCAGGUUUUUAACUGUUUGUGUUCCCAUUUGUUUGACUUCAGUUACUCUUGCAAAGCUUUCUUCUUGUAGAACAUACUCAGGUACUACACCAGCUUUUCCUGACCAGAAAAUUUCUUGGCCCUUAGCAGCUAAAAUUUGAUUUAGAGCAGGAACAAUUCACAUUCUGUGAAGUAGCUAAUAAAUCAGACGUGCUGUUUCACGCUUAUCUGCUGCUCGGUACAAUGAACCAGAGUUUUCUUCUGGGGUUCUUCUUACAAACCCUUGCAGCUUCCCCACAGAGCAGCACCUUGCCAAGAAGAAAUAGCUUUGAAUUAUAAAAUGUCACUCUUCUGAGCUGGCCUGUUAGCAAAAUACAGACCCAGCGGAGCUCAUGGCUGAUGGAGUUGGUGAAGAAUGCCAGUUACAAGGCUGCAGACUGUUGUUCUGCCCAUGCUGCUUGUAAUGAUGCUAGUUAAAGGCUCUGCAGACACAACCAGCCAUUCAUAUAUCCAGUAGCAUGUGGCUGCUGGGGUGUGAAUUUCUUUACCAGUGCCUGAUCUUUAUCCCCUGUCUUCCUCCAGUGAUUUCACUGGUACCAAAUGGGCUUUGCAGGAUCUGGCUCUAGGGGGAACAAAUCCACCUCGUCUUUGACACAGGCAGUGUCUACUCCAGGAACACCAUGACUACCAGAGAGAAUCCCCUCCGUUGGCCAAGCACUGCCUUUUCUCUUCCUGGGAGGGCAAGUGAGGGUGGAACUUGCAUGUCUUUAGCUGUCAUGAGUGGUGCAGAGUACUGACAGUCUGCUACCAAGGAAGCGUUUUAAUUUGAAAUGGCAAAUGUGCUCAUCUAGGAAUUAAUCUAUGGUAAUUAUAAAUACCUACUUAUAUAUGGAAGAGUGUGUUCUGUUUUGUUUUUCCUUAAAGUUCUAAGUAGAGAUAAUAUGAGGUGAAAGACAUCCCUUGUAUAGUAAGAUUUUUGUUUAAUAUUAUUGCGUGGUUAAAAUCCUUCCGUAUAAAUUUGCACACUUUUUUCCUCUUCCCUUGCAUGUUCAACUCUGAUUUUUACAGCUGUUCUGUGCAAGCAGUAAUGUAUUUUUUGUAAAACUUUUUUUUGACACUGAAUUGCAAUAAAUGUUCAAACAAUGUGAUCCA